GAUGACUCUAGCUUUUCCUUCCUUCGAAGAAAAAAAAGAAGAGAGAAGGAAACCCUAGCUUUUGCAUCCUCUCAGUCUCAACAAAGAGAUGGCCAAGUCGAAGAAUCACACAGCGCACAAUCAGUCCCGCAAAGCCCAUAGAAACGGCAUCAAGAAACCAAGGAAGCAUCGCCACACUUCCACUAAAGGGAUGGAUCCCAAGUUUCUUAGGAACCAGAGGUACGCGAAGAAACACAACAACAAGAGUGCUGAAACUGCUUCGGAAGAAUGAAGUUGAAACUUUAGGGUUUCUAUGAUAUAAGUUUGCUUCUACUGAACCUUUUGUUUUCUGAUUUUUCUUUUGUUUUUCUUUCAGUAGUCUUUUAAUUUUGACUUUGUUGUAGCGAAUUCCAUUUCAAUGUGGAAGUCGUUCCUUCCGAGGCCUGGUUACGACCAUUCACUUCCUGUUUUGGAUUUUUAAGUUCUUAACUAUUGGUUUCAUCUUCAUACUUAAUCAUUUGUGCCAUUCUCUUUCUUCGCAUCA